GUGCUUUCGUCAUCAGAGGGGUCCUUCCGCCGCUCGGUGAGCACGUGUUCUUCAGGAGCGGCAGCGGCAGCGGCAGCAGAUCUCCGGUAACGGCGCCUCGAUGAUGGGCGGCAAACCGAGCGCGAUCGCCGCGGGCGUCUGCGGCGCGAUCUUCAUCGGGUACUGUAUCUAUUUCGACAGAAAACGACGCAGCGAUCCGAGCUUCAAAACCAGACUGCGUGAACGGAGGAAGAAGCAGAGAGCUGCUCAAAAUAAAUCUGGACUUGCUCAACUGCCAGAUCUGAAAGAUGCGGCAGCCGUGCAGAAGUUUUUCCUGGAUGAGAUUCAGCUGGGCGAGGAGCUGCUGGCACAGGGAGACUAUGAGAAGGGUGUUGAUCACCUGACCAAUGCCAUCGCCGUCUGCGGCCAACCACAGCAGCUCCUGCAGGUGCUUCAGCAGACUCUGCCUCCACCCGUCUUCCAGAUGCUGCUCACCAAACUACCAACCAUCAGUCAGCGCAUAGCGAGUUCUCCGAGUCUGGAGGAAGAUGACGUGGAGUGAAACCUGCUGAUCUUCAGCUCUCUGGUCUUUUAUUGAUCGCGUUCACUCCUGUGUUUGCUUGCACAGUCGUCCCGAUCACUGCACUCUCCGUCUGUUCAUAGUUUGCAGUUUCAUAGUUCAUAUAAAGAAAGAGGUGUUAAUUUUAUUCCAAACAUGAUUUUUCUUGUAACAAUCACAGAUCUUUGAUGUCUGUUCAUAGUUUGCAGUUUCAUAGUUCGGUGUUAAUUUUAUUCCAAACAUGAUUUUUCUUGUAACAAUCACAGAUCUUUGAAUACAAACGAAAACAUCAAAUUACGAGUGUAAUAUUUUACUGAUAAAGUGAGUUAUAAAGGUCAUCGGUUCGUAUGUUACAGACACAAACACAAGGCAGUUUCUUUAAAGUGUCAUUUUUGGAUAUUUUCCUCACAUUUAGUGGUUAAUCAUAUGUUAGAUCUAUCUGCAGUGUAAUCCCAUGUUUUCGUUUAUGAAUCGUUUUGAGUAUGAAAGUGUUUUGGGCACAUUUGUAAUUUAUAUGCACUGAACUUUAAAUGAUAAUUUCCUUUUUUGUAUUCAUUAAAUACUUUAAUCAAGAA